GUGCCUCCUUGUCGGCUUCGCCGUUGGAGUUCCUCAAAGACGGAGGUUCCAAAGAGGCCUCCAAAGGCCGGCGCGUGUCGAGCCUUCCGAGGCCACAGUGGUCCUGCAGGAGGCAGAAGACGAGGUGGUGGAGGAGACAGAAGACGAGGUGGUGGAGGAUCGGCUUCAGCAGAAGCCCUGGUUGCAAAGGCAUCUGCCUCAUGGGGGAGAGACAUCAGAAGAUCUGCUGCUCCACUUCAUGCAGGCACUUGAAGAGAGAGGUGUCCAACUCUAUGAGGCCCAAGAGGAGGCCAUCGUGGAAAUAUUCUCCGGUGCCCAUGUCGUGCUGGACACACCGACGGGGAGUGGAAAGUCCCUGGUUGCGGUGGCGGCACUGUUCAAGGCGCUUGCAGAAGGCGGCAAAGCCUACUACACCUCACCAACCAAGGCGCUGACGAGCGAGAAGUUUUUCGAUCUCUGCCGACACUUCGGACCCGCUUCCGUGGGCAUGGCUACGGGUGAUAUCUCCCUGAACCAGCGAGCGCCCCUGAUCUGCUGCACUGCCGAGGUUCUGGCCAGCAUUUCCUUGCAUGAGGGGCAGGCUUCCGGUAUCACCACCGUCGUUAUGGACGAGUUCCACUACUUCGCCGAUCCCGACCGUGGCUCUGCCUGGGAGGUGCCACUCUGGCGCAUGACCGGGACUUUCUCCUCCACCACGUUUUUGCUGAUGUCUGGGACCCUGGGCGCAAACGACAGCCUCUACCGCACCCUGCAGAGCCGCUCCGGGCGACCGGUACGCGUCGUGUCCUCCCAGGACCGGCCCGUGCCCCUGCACUUCGCCUACAGCGAGGGCUCCGUGGCCGCCUCUGUUGCGCAGCUGAUCCGCUCGAAGCGGUUUCCAGUGUACAUCGUGCACUUCUCGCAGAGAGAAGCUCUCCGCACGGCUCAAGAGUUGGCGGAGGCGCAA